UGAAAAAUUUCUCAGGUAUUUUUCUACUUCUGCCGAAAAAUAAAUUUUAACUCUUAAAGUAAUCCGUACAAAAUGCCAUUAUAGAAAACAGUGAUGUAUGUUGUUGGCUAUGAUGCAACGGGAUGAUAAGUUGUACCUGCAUGUUAUGUGUUAUCUGUAGGAGUGAUUUGAAUAUAACAUUGGCUUGUCCACCGUAAGGUACAGCUAACGAAAACCGUGACUAUUUCCUUCCCGUAUGGCUGCGUAUGUUAACCGUACAAUAUCUAUGAUGGCUGGCGACGGGCCCCAUAACGUCGCUUUGAACAAUGGAACUAUGCGUGUGAAUGUGUCCAAUGUGGAUUCUCCUCUGCAGAUAUUUGUGAGGGCAAAGAAGAAGAUAAAUGAUAUAUUCAUUGAAAUUGAUGAUUAUGUCAAAGACGCAGUCACAUUUAUACAUGCCGUAUCAGGGGACAAUGGCAUUGCGACACCACAGGACGUUACAAAUGUCGAAGCGUACGUUAGCAAAGUGGAGGCGAUACGGGAGGUACUCAAGCGUGAUCACAUGAAAGUCGCUUUUUUCGGAAGGACCAGUAAUGGUAAGAGCACAGUGAUAAACGCCAUGCUUCACGACAAAAUCUUGCCAAGCGGUAUCGGGCACACGACCAACUGCUUCCUGCAAGUGGAAGGGUCGGAUACUGAUGAGGCGUUCAUGAAGACUGAGGGCUCGGAGGAGAAGCUUAAUGUGGAGUCGGUCAGCCAGCUCGGGCAUGCUCUCUGCACCACUCGUCUCAAAGAGUCCUCGCUCGUUCACGUGUUCUGGCCCCGGGAACUAUGCGCCCUGCUCCGGGACGACGUGGUGCUGGUGGACAGCCCCGGGGUGGAUGUGACCCCGAACCUCGACGAGUGGAUAGAUAAAUACUGCUUGGACGCGGAUGUGUUUGUGCUGGUCGCGAACGCUGAGUCCACGCUUAUGGUUACCGAAAAGAACUUCUUUCACAAAGUAUCGACGAAGAUUUCACAACCGAACAUUUUUAUACUGAACAAUCGAUGGGACGCCUCCGCCUCAGAACCCGAAUAUUUAGAUCAGGUACGCAGCCAACACGCAAACCGCUGCGUCGACUUCCUCUCGCGCGAGCUGCGCGUGUGCACGCCCAAAGAGGCUGAGGAGCGCAUCUUCUUCAUCUCGGCUAAAGAGGCGCUGCUCACGCGCAUGCGCGAACGGGAGAAACCUGUUUCGUCACCUAUCCUCGCGGACGGGCACCAAGUUCGCUACUUCGAGUUCGUCGACUUCGAGCGCAAGUUCGAGGAGUGCAUCAGCCAGAGCGCCGUGCGCACCAAGUUCGCGCAGCACUCGCGCCGCGGCCGCAACAUCGCCGGUGACGUCAUGGCGGCGCUCGACCACAUAUACAACACGGCGUGUGACAUGAAAGCGUCAAAAGUAGAAAAACAGAGGAUAUUACAAGAACAACUCACGUCCAUAGAGGAGCAGCUCACUUCCAUCACGAGACAAAUGAAGGACAAAAUUGGGAGGAUGGUGGAGAGUGUUGAACAUAAGGUAUCACUCACGCUGAGCCAAGAGAUCCGUCGCCUCUCGGCGCUAGUGGACGAGUACGGCGAGCCGUUCCGCACGGAGCGGGCCGCGCUGGAGCAGUACAAGCGCGCGCUGCACCGCCACGUGGAGGCGGGGCUCGGCUCGCGGCUCAAGAAGCGGCUCUCCGCCGACAUCGGCCACGAGAUGGACGAGGCGCAGAAGGAGAUGGCGGAUCGCAUGUACAACAUCCUUCCCAUACACAAGAGAGCUGCCGCCGCGAGCGUCAUAGUACCACAUCAACAACCUUUCGAGGUGCUAUACCGUCUGAACUGCGACAACCUGUGCGCGGACUUCCAGGAGGACCUCAGCUUUCGCUUCUCGUACGGUAUCACGGCGCUGAUACAGCGCUUCCAGGGCAAGAACACGAACAAGAUUGCGCUCAAGAACCCGCCGCAGUACACGCCGAUCCCACCAACCAUAGGCCCAGCACCUGUCACGGAAGUGUCCCGCGUGGGCAACGGCGGCGCGAUCAUGGGCCCGCUGAGCGCGGAGGAGUGGGGCAUGGUGUCCAAGUUCGCGUUGUCUGCCCUCACCUCGCAGGGCACUAUGGGCGGCCUGCUGCUGUCCGGCUUGCUGCUAAAGACGGUCGGGUGGCGUGUGGUUGUUGCCACGGGGAUCGUGUACGGCGCGCUGUACGCGUACGAGCGGCUCACGUGGACUGCGCACGCGCAGGAACGCGUGUUCAAGCGGCAGUACGUCGCGCACGCGGGCAAGAAGCUGCGGCUGAUCGUGGAUCUAACCUCGGCUAAUUGUAGCCACCAGGUGCAACAGGAGCUAUCCACGAUGUUCGCCCGUUUAUGCCGUCUCAUAGACGAGGCAACAACCGAAAUGGACUCAGAAUUGAUGGAAGUACGAGAAGCGAUCAAGAUGUUGGAUGACGCGUCUACAUCGGCUAAGAAGUUGCGUAACAAGGCGAAUUACUUGUGCCACGAGUUGGAGCUGUUUGAUGAUGCGUUCUUGAAGCCUAAUUAGGUUAUGGUUAAAAUUCAAGGAUGCAAGUGAAACAAGGCAUUUCACUGUACAUCGAGCACUGGUAUGCCGAGCGUCGCCACGGGGUUUAGUAGUAUCAUUGGUGUCCUGUUUGUCUGUCUGUUUGGUUACGCGAAAAUGGCUCGAACAUUCGUUAUGAUGAUAGCUUGUUAUUAGCGAUGCGGUAGGACAUUCUAGAUUUUUUGUUUUCAAUUUUUUUUACAGUAAAAGAAGUUUCAACAUAAAUCUGUAUUCAUAAAGUGUUUCUGUCAUUUGGAAUAUAUAAAUAACUGAAUUGUUAAAUUUGUCGAGAAUAAUAAAAAAAAAUAUAUAGGUUACACUUGACAGAAACCUCGGGCUAUAGCUAGUUUAGAAAAUAAAGCGUAUGUUUAUUGCUAAGGCUAAGGGAAUUGAGUAUGAUCCGUCAUUAUGUAAAAGAGAAAUAAAGAAAGCUAUCUUUGUUUAUAUAUCGUGGUAUUAAAGCUCUUAAAAUCUAGAACCAUGACGAAUGUUACUGCUAUUUUCCAAGUGUUGCCAUAUAUAACGAAAGGCACAUUCAAAAAGCUUUUCUUUUCAAUAUUGACGACUUCAAGCGCUUUUGAAUUUUAAAUUUAAUGAAAUUGUUUUUUAUCUUGACAUAAAUUGAUAUUAAACGUAUUAUGAUAUUUUAAAUUUCUCUGUGAUAGUUUCAUGUUUAAUAAAAUUAUUCGAUAACCGUUAAAUUUGAUAAACUUUAGAAAUUUCUGGAAAAAUGUGUUCUAGAAUUCAGAACAAAUUUGAAUUUCGAAAAUUGAUUGUUCGAUUGUAUUUUGGGAUGAUUGUAGUGGCGGGAAUGAUAAAAUUUAAAUAUCGAAUUGUAUCAGUGUUCAAAUAUGCGGGUAUCACACAAAUUUGUAUGGAAGGUGUACAGUGCGCAAAUAAAAUGAUAUUAUGUUUAAUUAUUAUUAGUCGAUGUCACAUAUGGGCGUAGCGAUAAGGUAUCAGUUAGUGCUUUUAAGGGGAUUGUAGAAAGGAGGCCGGGGGGGGGGGGAGUUGUUAUUAUUUAGUUGAAUAAAGUAUGACUUGAUUUUUUUUUGGGAUACAAUAGGAGCAUUAUUCUAAGGCAUAUUUCUGUGAAUACAGAAGUGUUACUUCAUUUUAAGGAGUUCGGAAAUAUCUGCAGUUCUCGAAUCGAAACAAUGUUUUUUAUAUUUAUAUAAAUUGGCAACACAUGUAAUAAUGACUUCUAAAAAUUGAGUAGCAUUUGAGUAAGGUAUCAAAAAGUUAAUUUAUACUUCAAUAUUCAACUUCUUUGUUUCUAUAUUGAUCAAACUCCCCACCUUCAGUAUCGGUGAAUAAUAUGAAUGAAUAAAUGAAUUUUUAUUCGCUACGCCCGUAUCACGAUCAGGGAGGACUCGUUAACAUUGUAUAUUAUUUAUUCGAACGUAGACAGGGGGCUGGCGGUUAGUUUUGUUAGGAAAUCUAAUGCUGAUAUGUAACAUAAAAUGGUCAGUAAAUGAAAGACAUAAAAUAUUGUAAUUGCAACUUAUUAUAGUUUAUAUAGUAGAGAGCAAUUGCUCUAAUUAGCAUGCUUUUGCUUUAAGAUUACAAUCAAAGUGAAGACAAUAUUUUUACUGUUUUUAUAUUAUAAGAAACCUUAAACAAACUAGCCGCUAUCCCCCUGCCUAUUUUGUAUAGUUAAUAAAGCCGGUAUACUCAACGUUUACUCAAGUCGACGCAGAAGAUUGAGUUGAGUUCGGUUUUCUAUGUGUAAAUUGUUGUUGUUAUUUAUGCAGCUUAGUAGUUGAAUCAAGUGUUAUGUUUGUUGUGUUGUGUAACUGUUUAUACUUUGUGUUGAAACGCACGGACAUUUUGUGGAUCUGGUUGAAGUUAAAGAUGGGUUAGGGUUGCUAUUUGAAGAAAAAAUCGCGCGAAAAAUAACGGUCUAAUACAUGCGUGAAAAGUUGACGGUUGCAUGCUUUAUUAUUUGCCAAUUGAUUAAACGUUAUAUAGCCUACUGUUAUACGUUUUUUCAACACAGAAAUGGCAAAAAUGUUUUAUACUUAAGACAAGUUCUUUAAUUUGAAUGAGUCUUUUGAACAAUAAAAAGAAUCGAGUUUCAAAUAGACACCAUCGAAUUUAUUUGUAAUCCUUUUUUUGCUACAAUAAAUAUCCGUGCGUUUCUAUAUUUUGGUGCUAAGUACCACACGUGAGGUCGAAGUAAAAAAACCUUUGACAACAUCCGCACUGCAGUUUAAGAAAGUUUUUUAUGUUUAUAGUGCGAUUCUUAUUUUAAGACCUCGCCCACUGUAUAUUAUGUUGAAUUAUGAACAUCUUAAUAAAUGAUGCAAUUGAA